ACUGGCCAGAACCAGAUGAUUGAGUUCGCAAUAAUGUAAAAAAAUAAAUAAUUAGAUAUUUCCAAAUAAUCCAAAUUCCAAAUUCGUUGCAUUCGCGUGCGUGUUUGUGUCGCUGGACUACAAACCUACAAACUACAAAGCUACAAGUACAGCAGGCAAAUAAGAAAACGGAAAAUCCCAAAAUCGUAUCGAGUGAAAGUUUUCCCGUCUUUGUUUUGUAAUUGUAAUUUUCCUGCACUUGCCUGCCAGCCCGCAUUACUGGCAAUAUUGGACGCUGCUGCGGGCGCGGGUGGCUGACAGUGAUUAUAGCAAAAAAGAUUUAGUUAUAUAGCAAUCGGUGGCCAAUAUAUUGGCCCUAUUGUGAUUUUGCUGGCUGUGUGACAGUGUUAUAUAUUUAAAUCGAAUCAAAUCGCAGUCGCGUUUUCUGGGACUGCUGCAAAAGGCCUUGCGAACUUCUGCGCCAGAGCAACUACAUCACUGGCUGGCUCCGCGCACAAAACGAUGUGCGAUACCAAAGACGAUGCUCAGAAAUGGAAAUGUGAAAUUUGCACCUACGAAAACUAUCCAUCCUCGCUGAAAUGCACCAUGUGCCAGGCGUCGAAGCCGUUGCUCAACGAGGACAUCUUCAGGCUGAGUCCCGCCGCCCAGGAGAGCAGUGCUGUCGCGGAGGAAGCAGCUGCUGUUGAGCCCACGCCCACGUCCACUUGCUACUCGCUCCAGCCGCAGCAGAACCAAGCGAGGCAGAGCAACGUGGCGGACAGCGAAAAGUGGCCCUGCAAGGUCUGCACCUAUCUUAACUGGCCACGUAGCCUGCGCUGCGUCCAGUGCUGCACGAAGCGGGGCGGCGAGGCCAUUGAGCGCGGCAGCGACAAGAAUAACGAGGCGGAUGCUGAUCGGACUGGCGAGGCGUUGCAGGCACUCCGCAUCAGUGGAACGGAUACGGAGCUCGGGGGAUGCAUCACAGAGAAUCUGGCUAACAAGCCAGCAGCCCAGCUGAUCGGGGCCACAGCCUCGAAUCGGCUGAACCUUAGUCCGAGCAUUGACGAUGCCACGCACCUGAACAAUCUCGCCAAUGCAUCCAACAACCAGUGCCGUUCGCAGUCCCAGAACCAUCAGCCUGCCCAGCUGCAGCUUCAGCAGCAACAGCGGGAGUCCUCAUCCUCAGCCACUGACGCGCCGCAGCAGAAGCCGUGCUAUGUGGCCAAAUGGGCGUGUAAUUCGUGCACCUACGAAAACUGGCCUAGGAGCAUCAAGUGCUCCAUGUGCGGCAAGACAAGGGAGCGAGAGGUCAGUGGAUCGCAGAACGACUUGCAUGCCUCCUCAAGUCUGAACAUCCAAGAGGAGCACCAGCAACAUCAGCAGCAGCAGCAGCUACAACUGCAGCAGCAAGGCGUGGACACCGUCAGUGUCAACAACUCAUUCAAUAAGAAGCACAUUUACCAACUUGGUUCCUCUGAAACCAUCAACAACUGUGAUACGCUGCAAGAGCGACAGGAGCGCCGCCAGCGUCAAAUUCGACGCCAGGUGGAUUGGCAGUGGCUGAACGCUUGUCUGGGCGUAGUGGAAAACAACUAUAGCGCCGUGGAGGCCUAUCUCUCCUGCGGCGGCAAUCCGGCCCGCUCUCUGACUAGCACUGAGAUCGCUGCUCUCAACCGUAAUUCGGCCUUUGACGUGGGUCACACCCUCAUCCAUCUGGCCAUACGAUUCCAUCGCGAGGAAAUGCUGCCCAUGCUGCUGGCUCAGAUCUCUGGCUCGGGGCCAGGCAUCAAGCGCGUGCCGUCCUAUGUUGCCCCCGACUUGGCGGCCGAUAUCCGUCGCCAUUUUGCCAACACCCUGCGCCUGCGCAAGUCCGGCCUUCCCUGCCACUAUGUGCAAAAGCAUGCCACCUUCGCCCUACCCGCCGAGAUCGAGGAGCUGCCGAUCCCGAUUCAGGAGCAGCUCUACGACGAGCUGCUUGAUCGCGACGCCCAAAAGCAGCUGGAAACGCCGCCGCCAGCUCUGAACUGGUCGCUGGAGAUCACGGCUCGGCUUAGCUCUAGGAUGUUUGUCCUUUGGAACCGGAGCGCUGGCGAUUGCCUUUUGGACUCCGCCAUGCAGGCCACUUGGGGCGUCUUCGAUCGCGACAACAUCCUGAGGCGGGCACUCGCGGAUACACUGCACCAGUGUGGUCAUGUGUUCUUUACUCGUUGGAAAGAGUACGAGAUGCUGCAGGCCUCGAUGCUUCACUUUACGCUGGAGGACUCACAGUUUGAGGAGGACUGGAGCACACUUCUAUCGCUAGCCAGCCAGCCAGGCUCGUCCCUGGAACAGCUGCACAUCUUUGCGCUGGCGCACAUCCUCCGGCGUCCAAUUAUCGUGUACGGCGUCAAGUAUGUAAAGAGUUUUCGCGGCGAAGACAUCGGUUAUGCGCGUUUCGAAGGUGUCUAUUUACCUUUACUCUGGGAUCAAAACUUCUGCACCAAGUCACCCAUCGCCCUGGGAUAUACCCGCGGUCAUUUUAGCGCCCUGGUGCCGAUGGAACCAUUCACAAGAAUCGAUGGACGGCGUGACGACGUGGAGGAUGUCACAUACUUGCCGCUAAUGGAUUGUGAGCUGAAACUGUUGCCUAUCCAUUUCCUCACCCAGUCCGAGGUGGGUAACGAAGAGACCAUGAUGCGCCAGUGGCUUGACGUGUGCGUUACCGAUGGCGGUCUCCUUGUGGCGCAGCAGAAGCUCAGCAAACGACCUCUGCUGGUGGCUCAGAUGCUAGAGGAGUGGCUCAACCACUACCGCCGCAUUGCACAAGUGAUAACGGCGCCCUACAUUCGUCGCCCCCAAAUCACACACUACUCCAGUGACGGUGACUCGGAUGAGGAAUAGAUGCAAUGCGUCUGCUCCUGCGUAUAUAUUUGAAUACCAAUAUUUUGUACUUUCUGCGAUCGAUGACAGCAGAUGCGGAUGUUGAAUUGAGAUGGACACGUGCAGAUCCUACACAUACACUUGCACCCCCAGUUAGCUAAUGGAAACUAUAGAGAAUGCAAAGUGAAUACCAUAUAUGCGGGCAGUUGAAAGAGUUGUAGUUGUAACUAAAUUGAAAGCAAAGCAAAGCAAACCAAACUAAAGCUUGAGCCGCAAUGUACGAAAAUACAUUGAUCGGCGUAUGUAAAUCAUAUCCGUUCCCAAUUCAACGUUUGUUGAUUUUAGUCAAAUUUAUACAUACUGCGUCGACCAGAGGAGACAGAGAAAGCGAAAGCGAAAGAGCAUAUAUGUACGUAGUAAACGAAAUUGAAGCUAUACACUAUACUAGUAGGUCUAAUUACACUCACAUUUGAAACAAUCCAUUUAUUGAAUACGUGGUCGUAUUUGAAGUAGAAACUGAGGAAGGCAUAGGAGAAGGCAUCCCCUGAAUGUGGGCUUGAAUUAUUGAAAAUCUCGAUGUACUAUUAAAUUUUAUUGGGUGGCACUCACACACGCAACAUUACAUUAUCGUGGGUGAAUUAUGAAAGUUUCUGAUGCAGCGUCAUUGAAGGGUUUAUUGAUAGUUUUUAAAACACUUUUUGGAAUUAUGAAUCAUUAUACAUUCAUGCCUAUACAUAUAAUAUAUUUAAUUAUAUAUAAAUAUAUAUAUAUAUAACAUAUAUAGAGAUCCUAUGGUUCUAAAGAGUUGAACAAAGGGCCAAUAACAUAAUGAAUUUUAUUCUAACUGUAUUAUAAAUGGAAUUUUAUCUCAUUAUUAUUUUUGUUAGUAAUGUUAUUACAAUUAUUAUUAUUAUUAUUACUACAUUCUAAGGAAGCUUAUUGUGCAAAUGUACACGCAAAACGCAUGAAAAACAAAACUUAUUUAAAUAAAAAGUUUUAAGUAAAGAUUUAAA